AUGGCGGACGACGGCUUUCGCUAUGAGCUGGAGACGCCCGAGGCCGUACUGAAGCACUUGGGCGUGACGGAGGAGCAGGGACUGAGCACGGCCGAGGCGGAGAAGCGCCGGGCCGUGCACGGCUACAACGAAUUAGACAAGGAGGAGGGCACACCUUUGUGGAAACUCGUGCUGGAACAGUUCGACGAUGCGCUGGUCAAGAUCCUACUAGGCGCCGCCGUGGUGUCUUUUGCACUGGCUGUGUUUGAGGGUGGCGAAGAGGAGGGCAUCGGCGCCUUUGUGGAGCCGCUUGUGAUUCUUGUGAUCCUCGUACUCAACGCUAUUGUGGGUGUGUGGCAGGAGUCAAACGCUGAGGCCGCACUCGAGGCCCUUAAAGACCUACAGCCCGAGAACGCGCGCGUCAUGCGCGACGGGGAGAUGGUGACGCUGCCCGCUCGUGAGCUCGUUCCCGGUGACGUGGUGGAGAUCCGUGUGGGCGACAAAGUGCCGGCCGAUCUGCGUCUGCUGUCCAUGAAGACGACGGCCAUCCGUGUGGAGCAGGCCCAGAUGACGGGCGAGUCCACGUCGGUUAACAAGGACAUUGACGCUCUUCCGCAGGGCACAGAGAACAUUAUUCAGGCCAAAACCAACAUGCUGUUCGCGGCCACUGUGGUAGUCAAUGGCCUGGGCCACGGUGUGGUCACUGAAGUGGGUAUGAAGACCGAGAUUGGCAAAAUCCAGCAGAGCGUCCAAGAUGCGUCCAAGGAGGAAGAAGACACGCCACUGACGAAGAAACUGGACGAGUUCGGUGAGCUUCUGUCCAAGGUGAUCGCUGUUAUCUGCAUCGUGGUGUGGAUUAUCAACUACAAGAACUUCUUCGACCCCAUCUACGGGUCGGUGUUUAAAGGCUGCAUCUACUACUUCAAGAUCGCUGUGGCUUUGGCCGUGGCCGCCAUCCCCGAGGGGCUCCCGGCCGUGAUCACCACGUGUCUGGCCCUGGGCACGAGGAAAAUGGCCAAGAAGAACGCCAUUGUGCGCAAGUUGCCGUCAGUCGAGACACUCGGUUGCACGACUGUUAUCUGCUCGGACAAGACCGGUACACUCACUACGAACGAGAUGUCGUGUGUGACGUUCACGCAUCUAGGCAAGUCGGAGACGGAGCUGGUGACGUACGACGUGGAAGGCCACACGUAUGCCCCCGUGGGGAAGAUUGAAGGUGCUCCUCUGGGUCAGUUCAAGGCGGUGGACUCGCUGGCCACCGUCUGCUCGCUCUGUAACGAGUCGGCCAUUGAGUACCGCGACGGUAAAUAUGUGCGUAUCGGUGAGCCCACUGAGGCUGCGCUGAAGGUGCUGGUGGAGAAGAUUGGCUUCCCUCAAGACGGCGCGAAGCAGGCCGAGAUGCAGUCGCUGCGUGCGUCCAACCCGGAGAAGGCUGUGCAGUUCUGCAACGAAUAUCUGGAGGCUCAGAACAAGAAACUGGCUGUGCUGGAGUUCUCGCGUGACCGCAAGUCCAUGUCAGUGUUGUGUACCAAGUCUGGUGCCUCUUCUCAGCGCGCUACUCGCUCGUCUACCUCGCACCAGAAUGUUUUGCUUGUCAAGGGCGCUCCCGAGGGAUUGAUCGACCGCUGCACCCAUGUUGAACUGGGUGACGGCACAGUUAAGCCCUUGACCGAUGCUGGCCGCCAGGUGCUGCUGACUCAGGUGUCUAGUUUGGCCCGCAAGUCGCUGCGGUGCUUGGCUUUUGCCAAGAAGGAAGACGUUGGAGACCUGGGAUCGUACGACGGAGACCGUCACCACCCGGCCCACAAGCAGUUGGAGCGUACUGAGAACUUUGCAGCCAUCGAGUCGAGCUUGACCUUCAUUGGUCUGGCCAGCAUGCUGGACCCGCCGCGGCCCGAGGUUCGCCCGAUGAUUGAGACGUGCCACACGGCCGGUAUUCGCGUCAUCUGCAUCACAGGCGACAACAAGCUGACGGCCGAGAGCAUUUGCCACAAGAUCGGCAUCUUCAAAGAAGGCGACGACCUUUCCACGCGCUCGUUCACUGGCGCCGAGUUCUUCGCGCUGCCCAUUGAGAAGCGUAACCAGUAUCUGUCGGAUGGCCACGGCAUGGUCUUCUCUCGCACGGAGCCGAAGCACAAGCAGCAGCUCGUGAAGAUGUUAAAACAGCUCGGCGAAGUGGUGGCCAUGACUGGCGACGGCGUCAACGACGCUCCUGCUCUGAAGCAGGCGGAUAUCGGUAUUGCAAUGGGCAUUACCGGUACGGAAGUGGCCAAGGAAGCCGCCGAUAUGGUGCUUGCGGACGACAACUUUGCGACGAUCGUGGCUGCUGUGGAAGAAGGCCGCGCCAUCUACAACAACAUGCAGGCCUUCAUCCGCUACCUGAUCUCGUCCAACAUUGGCGAGGUGGCCGCCAUCUUCUUGACGGCCGCCUUGGGUCUGCCCGAGGGUUUGAUCCCUGUGCAGCUGCUCUGGGUGAACCUCGUGACGGAUGGCCCGCCUGCCACGGCUCUGGGCUUCAACACGCCGGAUGCUGACAUCAUGAAGAAGCCUCCUCGUCGCAGUGACGACGCGCUCAUCACCGGCUGGGUCUUCUUCCGGUACAUGGUGGUGGGCAUCUACGUCGGCUUUGCGUGCGUCGGUGUGUUCGCGUACUGGUACAUGUACUACGAGGCCUCGGGCGAUGGCCACACGCUGAUCACGUGGGACCAGCUGACGCACUGGACUAAGUGCCACGAAUGGGAGAACUUCACAGUCAACAAUUUCGACGGCAUGGACUUCUCGUCGGACCCUUGCCGCUACUUCACUGACGGCAAGAAGACGGCGUCGACGCUCUCGCUGUCUGUGCUGGUGGCCAUUGAGAUGUUCAAUGCGUUGAACGCGCUCUCGGAAGAUGGCAGUCUGAUUACCAUGCCGCCCUGGUCGAACCCGUACCUGAUGAUCGCUAUGGUGGUGUCGUUCGCUAUGCACUUUGUGAUCCUGUACGUGGACGUGCUGGCCGACACGUUCAGUGUGAUCCCGCUGGACUUUAAGGAGUGGCUCGUGGUGCUGGCGUUCUCUUUGCCGGUGAUUAUCAUCGACGAGGUGCUCAAGUUCGUCGGUCGUCGCAUGCACGCGCGUGAGCUUAAGGAACGUAUGGAGGAGUGGGAGAAAAAGACUCAGUAG